AAUGAAAUAUAUCAUCAUCUGCUACUGCUGGCUUCAGGAUUUGUCCCCAUCAUCCCUGUCCCCCAACACACAUCAAAGGCCUGUGUAUUUCUGCUCUCUGCUUAUAAUCCCUCCUCCCUUUUUCAUUCCCGCUGAUCAAACUGUAUCGAAUCCUGCACCAUGGAAGUCGUGGAGGCUACCAAUGAUUUUCAAGACUGGGAUGUCGUUCAGUCCAACUCGGGUUCUGAAUCGGCUUCGGUUAACUCGUUCGAUGAAAUUGAUUCUGGAGGCUUAAUACAGACCAAUUAUUUCUCGUUAGACGCUCAUAACCAGUAUGGGCAGGAUUUGGACGAUAAAAAAUCGAGUGCACCAAGUUGGGUUGAUCCGAGGUUGGAGGAGAAACCCGCUAGGUACCUUAAUCUGGAGUCCGGUGAGUUCUGGUCCGAUUCCAGCACACAACGGUCCGAUGACCGCAAGUUCAGCGAUGAAGUGGCUUUCUCCCUGAACGAGAAGAAAAAGGUGGGCUUUCAAGGAAUUAGGGAAGUAGAUGAGGAAAAAUGCGCAACGAUGGUGGAGUUGGGGAGAUCAUAUUCGGAUUCAAAUGGAAUUGAAGUGGGUUCUGCGAAACUUAAUGACUCUGUGGAGAAUCCUGAAGUGGGUGUGGGAGGCCACGUUAAUUUGCAUGAUGAGUUGGAGAUUUUAGGCAAAGAAAAAAAUGAAAAUGAGAAGAUUGGAUGCGGGAGCGAAGUUAUCCAUGAGAAUGUGGAAAAGAGACGAGGUGAGCCUGAAAAGAGGGGCUCGGCAUGGUGGAAGAUGCCAAUGGAGUUUCUACGGUACUGUGUCUUUCGAGUGAGUCCGGUGUGGACAGGCUCUGUGGUCGCGGCUGCAUUGGGGUUUGUGAUUUUGGGGCGCAGGUUGUAUAAGAUGAAGAACGGGACUAAGGGAUUGCAGAUUAAGGUUACUGUUGAUGACAAGCUAGUGGUGUCCAUAAUUACCCCAAGAAAAGAAGGAAAACAAAAGCUAGCGGUUUCCGUUGUAAAGGUACUGUGGACUUUAAAUGGCUGGAGUACUUGAUGGAUUUGCUUGAUGAUUAAGUGACAGUUUGGUCUAUUCCUAUGGGUAUUGAGAUUGGUUUUAGUUUUAUCUCGGUGUCAUCUUGGGAACUAAAUAUAUAGUUUGAUCAUGAAAUGAGCUAUCUAUAAUUGAGAGGAAGAACAUAUUAGUUACAUUACAUGAUUGGGGUGGGAUUUGAACAGUAAAUUGUCAAUCUAAGUCUAUCCUCCUAAGCAUCUCAAUUUGACAGCAAUAUUUAUAAUUCUUCAUAAACAAAGGUAGCUAGGCCCAGCAAUCCGAGCGAAGAGGUAGAUACAUAAACACUCUUCUGCCCCUUUGACUAUAGUAACUAUAACAUGCUUGUUGGAAAAUUUGACAAUUUAUCACCCCUUUGGAAUUUGGUUGUUUGCUAAUUUUGGCAUCAUGUGCAUCAGAUAUUAUGGAGAUUUUCAGGAAUGGUAUAUGAUGUAUAUGUUUAAGUAUUGUGUGGUUUACAAGAUUUUAGAUCAAAAUUUGAAGUCUUGCCUGUAAUACAAAGAAACAGCGCCCCCCCCCCCCCCCACGCACACACAAGAUAUAG